AUGGUUCUACACAAACCCGACGAAGUCCCCGUCCAAAAGUUGUUCGAUCUGACCGGCAAGGUCGUCGCUGUGACGGGAGGCGCGAGAGGAAUCGGAUUGGCCGUGGCUACUGCAUAUGCAGAGGCCGGGGCUGAAGUUGCAAUCCUAUAUCGUACCACAUCAACAGCCCCCGAGACAGCAUCGGCUUUUACCUCAAAGUUCGGAAAGCAAUGCCGUGCCUACAAAGCGGACGUUACCGUUCCUGCACAAAUAUCAGCUGCCAUCGACCAAGUCGUUAAUGAUUUCGGUAAGCUCGAUGUGGUUGUCGCUAACGCUGGUGUAUGCUCGGAGCAUGCUGGAGAACAGUACAAACCGGAAGAAUUUCAGGAAAUAAUGGAUGUGAACGUCAACGGAGCUUUCUACACUGCUCAAGCUGCGGCACGGAUUUUCAAGUGCCAGGGUUUUGGAAAUGUCGUUUUCACAGCAUCCGUCAGCGCGACACUAGUAAAUACUCCUCAAAAACAGGCUGCUUAUAAUGCCUCGAAAGCCGGUGUUCUCCAACUGGCUAAAUCUCUUGCAGUUGAAUGGGUCGAUUUCUGCAGAGUGAACUGCGUCUCUCCCGGAUAUAUCCAGACACAAAUAAUGGAAUAUGCAUCCCAGGAGAUGCUAGAAAAAUGGCGCAACCAAAUCCCGGCGCGUCGAUUUGCAUCUCCAUACGAACUCAAGGGGGUAGGGUAUAACAAAACUUUCUCACGAUUACCGCUCGCUGACUUGAUUACUCGCAAGGUUUACCUCUUCUGCGCAUCCGAUGCGUCCAGUUACAUGACCGGUUCGAAUAUUGUGGUAGAUGGCGGGUUUACUCUUCCUUGA